GGAGCGGGGAGGCGAGCGAGUAGAGGGUCCUUGGAGGGAGCCGCCGAGGUACAGGUCGGAGAGGCCGUACCCCGCGCGUGAGCAGCUGCAGCGGCGGCGGCAACAUCCAGCGGCGGUACCAGCAGUUCCAGCCCGUUGCUUUACUUUUUAGCUGCACGAACAUAAUCAUUAUGCCGAAGAGAAAGUCUCCUGAGAAUACAGAGGGCAAGGAUGGAUCCAAAGUAACUAAACAGGAGCCCCCAAGACGGUCUGCCAGAUUGUCAGCGAAACCUGCUCCACCAAAACCUGAACCUAAACCAAGAAAAACAUCUGCUAAGAAAGAACCUGGAACAAAGAUUAACAAAGGUGCUAAAGGGAAGAAGGAGGAGAAGCAGGAAGCUGGAAAGGAAGGUACUGCACCAUCUGAAAAUGGUGAAACUAAAGUUGAAGAGAUCCACAUCUCUCGCUCAACUGUUAGUGUCUCAACCUCCAGAGGUGCCCUACCCAGCACACUGUCAGUAAAAGGGCAGAUUGAAACAGUGAGAGUUAAGGGCACAGAAAACUGAAUCUGUAGAUAACGAGGGAGAAUGAAUUGUUAUGAAAAGUUUGGGUUGAUUUUAUGUACCUCUUGGGACAACUUUUAAAAGCUAUUUUUACCAAGUAUUUUGUAAAUGCUAAUUUUUUAGAACUCUACUAGUUGGCAUACAAAAAUAUAUAAGAAUGGACAUUUUACCUUCUCAUAAUCAAUCUUUUUGGAAAUUUACAUCAUCCUCAAGUAAAAUAAAUUUAAUGUUGGAAGCUGUGUGUAAAAUUGAUUCAGCAUUCCAUGCAUUUGCUUUAAAAAUUUAGUCCUGUGCAUACUGUGGUGUUUUUACUGUGCAUAUUUGAAUUUUUCACGCAGUUUUCUAGAGCAAUAAUCAGUGGUGCUUUUGUACCUAGGUUUAUGUGAUUUUAAUGAAACAUGGAUAGUUGUGGCCACCUGCUGACUAUUUGUGGUUUAAAAUAAAAGGUUUUCUUGCCUGCAAAA